AUGGAAGGAGAGGUGAUGUACUCAGAUUAUGUCAGGCCUAUAUGCCUUCUCAUCGAUGAAUAUAUGAUAAACGUUCAAGAAUUUAAGGUCACCGGCUGGGGUGCCACUGAAAACGAUAUAUUUAGUAAGACGCUACAGGAAACAACAGUACACAAUUCUUCACUGCAUUAUUGUAGAGAUAAGUAUGGUUUACAUACUGAUGAAUCCCAGAUAUGUGCUGGGGCUCAUUACAGUCACACAUGUGUAGGCGACUCGGGAGGCCCAUUGAGCGCGAAAAUCAACUAUUCGGGACAAACAAGGGUAUGCCAGUACGGUUUGGUUAGCUAUGGAUCUAGUAGAUGCAUUCCUUUCGGUACAUUUGAAGUAUACACACAUGUCGGCUACCAUAUGGAAUGGAUCGUAAAUAAAGUCAGUGAACAUGAAAGACCGCCUACAGAACCGCCGAAGGUAUCAAGUACCAGUCCCAGCCCCCAAGAUCUUCCAGUACAAAGAUACCAAGAUCGUUCAGUACAAUGUAACCGAGAUCCUUUAACAGUGCUCUUCGCUUGCUUAUUUGGACUUAUAAAGUGUGGCUAA